AUGGGCUCAGACUGGCCAUACUUUAAACAAGUAAUGACUGAGAAAGUAGUGCCGGUCUCCUAUAAAACCAUUGUGGCAGCAGAACAUUCUAUUGGCCGAAUUUUCCCACUGCAAGCCGAUUUGUUCGGUUCUGCCCAAAAAACCAAGAGAGCAAAGGGCGGAAAAAUGGGAGGGAAUAUCAAUGAGACAAGGCUUGCGUUUGAUACAGAAAGGCUAUAUACCGUUUCCUUCCAGGAGAUUUGUGAUUGUUUUGGAAAGAAGUAUACCUGGGAAGUGAAAUCCUCAGUGAUGGGUAAAAAAGCAUUAGAUGCUGGUAGAAUAAUCCGGGAUUGGUAUCCCGGCGAAAUAUCAGAAGUUCAAGAGUUUUUGGUACUGGCACAGAACAAUCCAUGGCGAAUGCACACAAAGUGCCUUGUUUUUGAAGAUGCUCCAAAUGGUGUACUUGCUGGUCUGGCUGCGGGAAUGCAGGUUGUAAUGAUCCCUGAUGAAAAUCUUAAUCGAGAGCUCACAGAAAAAGCAACAUUGGUUCUAAAAAUGAUGGAGGACUUUAAACCGGAACUGUUUGACUUUCCAGCGUACAACUGA